AGAGAUAAUUUUCUGUAUUUCAAACAUGAGGUGCAUAUAUUAAUAAGUAACAAAAAAAAAUAAACUGAUUUCUGUAUUCCCACUGAAUUGAAGUGGUCCUACUCCUACAAACAAGAGUGAGAGAGGAUAAGUUUUCUUCAAAAUAUGUUAUGUUUUAUGGAGUGUUAAGAAGAUGGAUUAUGUGAAUGGACCCGGAAGGAACCACCUGUUUGUUCCGGGGCCUGUAAAUAUUCCGGAUCAGGUUAUCCGGGCAAUGAGCAGAAACAACGAGGACUACCGCUCCCCGGCCAUCCCUGCUCUCACUAAAACCUUGCUUGAGGAUGUCAAGCAGAUCUUCAAAACCACCUCUGGAACUCCUUUUCUCUUCCCCACUACAGGCACGGGCGCGUGGGAGAGCGCCCUAACGAACACGCUCUCCCCUGGCGACCGGAUCGUGUCGUUCCUGAUCGGGCAGUUCAGCCUCCUGUGGAUCGACCAGCAGCAGCGCCUCAACUUCAACGUGGACGUGGUCGAGAGCGAGUGGGGCCAGGGCGCCAAUCUGGAUGCCCUGGCCUCCAAGCUGGCCGAAGACAGUGCCCACACCAUCAAGGCCAUCUGCAUCGUCCACAAUGAGACGGCCACGGGUGUCACCAACAACCUCUCCACGGUCAGGAAGAUCCUCAACCAGUACAACCACCCGGCCCUCCUCCUGGUGGACGGCGUGUCCUCCAUCUGCGCCCUGGACUUCCGCAUGGACGAGUGGGGCGUGGAUGUGGCCCUCACCGGGUCCCAGAAGGCGCUCUCCCUCCCCACCGGGAUUGGGAUCGUGUGCGCCAGCCCCAAGGCGAUCGAGGUGUCCAAGAGCGCCAAAUCGGUGCGAGUGUUCUUCGAUUGGAAGGACUACUUGAAGUUCUACAAGAUGGGGACUUAUUGGCCCUACACACCUUCCAUUCAGCUGCUCUAUGGAUUGAGGGCAGCUCUUGAUCUCUUGUUUGAGGAAGGACUUGACAAUGUCAUUGCCAGGCACAACCGCCUCGCCACCGCCACCAGGCUGGCUGUGGAGGCGUGGGGGCUGAAGAACUGCACGCAGAAGGAGGAGUGGCAUAGCGACACAGUGACUGCGGUGGUAGUUCCAGGAUACAUAGACAGCUCGGAGAUCGUGCGGAGGGCGUGGAAGCGCUACAACUUGAGCUUGGGGCUUGGCCUCAACAAGGUGGCUGGCAAGGUUUUCAGAAUAGGCCAUCUUGGCAACCUUAAUGAGUUGCAACUAUUGGGGUGUCUUGGUGGGGUGGAGAUGGUGCUCAAGGACGUCGGAUAUCCGGUGAAGCUCGGAAGCGGUGUCGCUGCUGCGGCCGCAUACUUACAGAACACCACCCCUUUGAUCCCUUCAAGGAUUUGAUUUCUCACACAUAUAUUAUGCUCUCAUACUGUAAAAAUUGCACCUUCAUUUCCAACUCUUAUGCCUGUAUUCGGUUUAUGUGUUCCUUAAUGCAAUGCAACUUUAUUUGCAA